AUGUUUCUGGCGCUAAGACAGGUGCGAGCAUUCACUGACAACGGUUUGAGGCUAAUCAUGAGCAACCUGAAAGAAAUUUCAUCUGUUAAGAGUUUUGGUGGAUUUCAAAAAGUCUACAGCCAUGACAGCUCGGAACUCAAGUGUGAAAUGAAAUUUGGCAUCUUCCUGCCUCCUGAUGCAGACAAGACUAAAUAUCCUGUUCUUUACUGGCUUUCAGGUUUGACCUGCACAGAGCAAAAUUUUAUUACAAAGGCAGGUUGUCAGAAAUAUGCGGCUGAAUGUAAACUUAUUGUUGUGGUGCCUGAUACCAGCCCUCGUGGUUGUAAAAUCGAAGGUGAGGAUGAUUCCUAUGAUUUUGGGUCUGGUGCUGGCUUCUACUUGAAUGCCACAGAGCCAAAAUGGAAGACAAAUUAUAGAAUGUAUUCUUACAUUGUCAAUGAGUUACCUGCUUUUAUUGAAGCAAAUUUUCCUGCAAUUCCUGAUAAGAAAUCCAUAUUUGGUCACAGUAUGGGUGGCUUAGGAGCCCUGCAGAUAGCUCUGAAAAAUUCUGAUAAAUACAAGUCAGUAAGUGCCUUUUCACCAAUCUGUAAUCCAGUCAACUGUCCCUGGGGCAUUAAGGCUUUCACUGGAUAUUUAGGUGAAGAUAAAACUACCUGGGAGGAAUAUGAUGCCUGUUGCUUAAUUACGAAACAUGGAAGUACUUACCCUGACAUUUUGAUUGACCAGGGAACUGCUGACAACUUUUUAAUUGAUGGUCAGUUAAAUCCAGAUGCAAUGGAGAAAGUCUGUGCUGAGAAAAAAGUCCCCUUGACCCUCAGAAGACAAGAGGGCUAUGAUCACAGCUAUUAUUUUAUUGCAACAUUUGUGGAAGAUCACGUCAGAUUCCAUGCUAAAUUUCUUCAGUAA